AUGGAUUGGGAUAAACCGUUUCCAAUAGCCAUGCAAACAAAAUGGAGCGCCUUCUACCAAACACCUUUGAAAGGAACUAUCAUUCCACGCUUAGAGCUGAAUGGAGCGCUAUUACUUGCCGAAUUAGUUAACAAAGUGUCAGAGUCAUGGGGCUUCCGGUUGGGAAGUUGUCAAUUAUGGACUGAUUCGAUCAUAGUCUUGAGUUGGAUAAACAGUCAGCAAACCAGGUUAAAAUCUUACGUUCUAAAUCGAAUAUCUCAAAUUUUGAAAUUAACUGAUGCGAACCAGUGGCACCAUGUACGUACAGCCGAGAAUCCUGCUGAUGUUAUUUCCCGUGGCAUAAGUGCCAAGGAGCUGUUGGUAGCAGAUCUCUGGUGGCAGGGACUAAGAUGGAUGUCAAAUCAAAAUAGCCAAUGGAAUGCUUCAGAAGUACAGUUAAUCAAAGAUGAAGAGAUCCCGGAGCAGCGGACAGUAAAACUUGCAUUAGUGAUUUAUCUACCAUUAACUAAGCUCUUCGACCCUUUCUCGAACUGGCACAAACUAGUACGGUCAGUAGCAUGGCUCUUACGAUUCAUAAGGUAUAUGAAGCUAAAAAAAACUAUUGAAUAUCCGAAACAUUUACUAGCUUCCGAGUUACAAGGCGCUAAAGUCGCUGUGAUCAAAUGGGUUCAAAGAGAGUCGUUUCACGAGGAGAUAAAAUCAUUAGAAACUAAUAAGGAACUACUUCGAAGAAGCAUAAUCAAGAAUUUGCAGCCAUUCACAAAAGACGGUCUAAUCCAUGUCGGCGGACGCCUAGAGUAUUCCAACAUAUCUGAACAGCAAAAACAUCCAUUAGUACUACCAGCUAGGCACAAAAUAACGCGCUUAAUAUUUGAAGAUCGGCACCGAGAAUUACUGCACUGUGGACCACAGGCUUUGUUGACCGAAAUAAGAAGAAUGUAUUGGCCACUGAGAGGACGAAUAAUGGCACGUUCAGUAACAUCACGUUGUGUUCAGUGUGUGAUUUAUGUCAAGGCGUGGAAAAUGUAA